GGCUAGCGUUUUUUUUGACAACCCCCACUCUCCUCUCUCUCCGGAGUAGCCGAAGCGAUAUCAUUAGCAGUCUUGUUUAUAUUUAGGGGCCUCGCCACCCGGAUUGGAAUUCCGGAGGGGGAAAAAGGUUUUCCCGUACGACCGCUUCAAGAACUCUCUCUCCUCUUUCCUCUUCUCUCUCCUGUGUUUCUCUCCUCGGGGUUCUCGAUUGCCGUCGGUUCGUGUUCUUGAUUUUCCGAAAUUUCUGGGAGAGAGGAACUUGACAAGAAAUGCAGAAGGGCAUACGAUGCACAGGAAACUUUCUUUAAUGUUUUAUGCAACAUUUUGAACUUAUGGGACAUGGAAGCACCCCUUGAAGGUUUACCUAGACAUGUAAGCAGUCAAAGCAAAGAAGUAGGCAAGAUAAUUCAUGUCACCUAUCUACACGGGCAGCUUGGUGCAUAUAUUGAAACAACAUGAGCAACCAAAGGGAAAUACGCUGUCCACUGUGCAUGGAGGAGAUGGAUCUGACAGAUCAACAGUUGAAGCCUUGUACAUGUGGAUAUGAGAUGUGCGUCUGGUGUUGGCAUCAUAUAAUCGAAAUGGCCAAGAAGGAUGAUACUGAAGGACGAUGUCCUGCAUGCCGCAGUCCAUAUGAUAAGGAGACGAUUCUUGGGAGGACAAUCAGCAGAGAGAGGCUUGCAGAACUAAAUUUUGAGAAGAAGCAGAAAUUGCAAAAGGCUAAAUUAAAAACCUCAGAAGGGCGAAGUGAUCUAACUACUAUCCGUGUCAUUAAGCGGAAUCUUGUUUAUGUUGCUGGUCUACCUGCUAAAAUAGCUGAUGAAGAGACCCUUAGGAAGAAGGAAUUUUUGGGACAGUAUGGGAAAAUUAUAAAGAUUGUUAUAGCCCGGGAUGUUGGAACCAAUCGGCUUUUUCCAUCAUUCAACACUUCUGUUGUAUACGUUACGUUUUCAAAGGAGCAGGAGGCUUUUCGUUGCAUUGAGGUUGUAAAUGGUUUCAUUUUAUAUGGUAGAACUUUAAAAGCAUGCUUUGGUACUACAAGAUAUUGCCAUGCCUGGUUAAAGAAUAUGCCUUGUCGCAACCCAAACUGUUUUUAUUUGCAUGAUGCUGGUCCCCAAGAAGAUAUCUGCACAAAAGAUGAAGUUGCUUCAGCAUGUCUAAGUAAACUUCCACAAAAUUCUGGAAUUGCUUUGCAUAAUUUUGAACGACGUUCGGGAAGUGUUUUACCUCCUCCAAGGGACAAUUUCUGCAGCAGCAACAGUAGUGUUGUUAAGGACAAAUUUCUCAUCCACUCUGUUGUUUAUACUCCUAUUGAUAAUGGCAAAAGACAUUUUCAAAAUGGUGAUAGUGGAAAAUCUGGUGUCCUUCCAGUAGCGGCUUCAUGGGGCUCAAGACUCGCUUCUGGUAGGUCAUCAUAUGCUGGUGUUGCAUUUUCCCAAGGAACAAUUGAGUAUCCUAGCAUUUCCAAUAGUUCUCUUGCUGGAGUUGACAUACAAGCAUUACCACAGAAUGCCUAUCAAACUCGAAGGCAAAUGAUCAUGUCAAGAAAUCAAAUGCCUCUUUCAAAUGGGCACCUAGAAAAUAUUACAUCAUUCAAACCAUAUGUUGAAGAUGGAUUUAGAGAAGAUAUGGUUAUGCCAAAUUUCAAGUCAAGCAAUUGUACUAGCAUAAUGACAAAUAGAUCAUGUUGUGUUACAUAUAGAGAAGACAUGGAAUCAAGAAUCACCCAAUCAUCACACUCCUCUGAUUCAGUUGGAUUUCAACCAUAUGCUUCUUUUUCAAAUGAUGUCAAGUGUUCUACAAUGGUGGAAAAUAGUCAGUCUUCAUCUUGUAUUCCCCGUUCAGUCUCUCAUGGAACCACUUGGGAUUCUGGGUGUCUGUAUGGCAUCACUGAAGGAGUCUUUUCUCCGGUAGGAUAUCCUGUGAUCUCCUCUAUAGAAGAUACCCCAGUAUCAAACAUGCAGGCUACAAUUCUAGAUCCGGCGUUCAGAGCUGCUUCAUCUUCUCAAAGUUUGCCUCUAUCUUUUAAUCGGUCUAGCAAAUUUCCAGAUAUGACACGCAUGAGAUCAUCUGCAGACUUUGAAGCCAAAGAUAUUUCUUUUCUUCUAGAUAACAGAAAAUUUGAAGGUACCUCUGCUUUGGUUCCUGGUGGAACUACCAUUGCAGACCCUAGAGUUGGUGAGCAUUCAACUUGUUCUGUAAUUAUUGGACUGUCUUGUAAAGGUGAACAAAGGAAGUUACAGAGUGAAUUCUCUUCCUGUGGUAUAAACAAUUUUAAGCUUCAGCACUUGGAAUGUUGGCCUGAAAAACCUAUCUCAACAGAGACAGAUAUAGUCCUGGAUUCUGCUGUAUCCAACCAAGCUAACAUGGAUCUGAGAGGUGACAGUAUGACAUCACGCAUUUCCUAUGUAGAUUUUAGAGAAGAUAAUAGUCUACCAGAUAAAGCCAAGGAUGAUGCAGGAGAGGAUAGUAUAAUAUCAGAUAUUUUGUCUCUGGAUCUUGGUCAGGUUGAUCAUCUGAUAGAUCAUUAUAGUCUCAGGGAACUGCUGAGUGGCACUAAUGAAAGCGACUACUCAAAAUCGUAUAAUUCUCGGAUGCCAUGCAAUGACAGUGAAUCCAAAUUUUCUUUUGCAAGCUUAGAUGAUUCCAACAGUGGAAAAGAGCAAUCAUUUCCUUUAGAUUCUAAUGUUUUUGCUCUUGAUAUGAAAACUGAUCAGCCAGACAUUAAGGAAAAGAGAAUAGGCAGUACAAACACAUCUCUCAGUGGGUUAUCUGCUUAUGAUAUGGACAAUCCUGAAAUUCUUAACUGCCGUUAUGGAUAUUUUGCAUGUGACGUUGCCAAUGAAUUGAAACUUCCAUCUAGUUUGUGUCAGUUAGCUUCUCCUGUUUCAAGGUCCGGGGUGUUGCCUUCUUCUGGAUUUCGUGCUGGGAUUAGGUCCAUUCCUCCUGGUUUCCAUCCUCGAUUUGUGGAUGACCAAUAUCUAGCUUUUUCCAAGCUUACAAAUUCUGGUUCUAUUGCUCAAUACCAGAUUUCAGGAAAUUCACCUUGUAUAAAUUCCUCUCAAGAGAAUCUGAGAUACAACAGCUUUAAUGAUCCUCGGAUCAAUCAGGUUAAUGGUUCUGCAACUGCAUCACUUUGUAAAGGAAAGUUGUCACGGCCAAUGAUAUGGCAAUUUUCUCUGAGCUCUAACUCGGUUAGUCUUGCUGAGACUGACCAGGCACUUCAAUUUCCAGCAAGAUUGGGAAAUUUGACUCAAAAUUCAGUGAACUUAGCGAAUCAAAGCAGGAACAUGACUUUUCAGGAUAUGGUGAAUAAUUACGAUGGGUCAUGGGGGUCAUUUAAUAUUAGCAGUCCAACUGCAAUGGAGUCAGGGGUUACAGGCAGAGGCCAAUCUGCUUUGGCUGAGAUUAUACAUCAUUUAAUUCCUGGUUCAAAUCAUGGAUCUUGGAGACUCUGCCAAGAACAUGAGAAACCCGGUUUUCAGGUUCCUGAUUCUUCUAGAUUAUUGUUUAACAUACAAUAUGAGCAAAGUUGAUGUUGUUUGAAGCUUCUCUCGGUGAUGCUAUGGCUUGUUGCAUUGGGCCUUCAAAUUGAACUAGUACCAGUUGUUUUUUGAACCUGUGAAACUUGCAAUUUUGGGAUCCAUGGAGUUGGUUAAAUUCCAAUAUGGUGAGGUGAUCUGCAGAGUUGCUUGGCUGUAGAUGUUUCCAGCUAUGCCAGCCCAGGGAUCUGGAUGGAUGGAAAAUGAGGUGGUUGUUUUGGUCUUUUACACCGUGGCAUGUAAUACCAGGCAGAUAGACAAAUGAAAAACCCUCAAUUUCUAAUUGUAACCAUGUAAACGGCUUUCAGGUUUUUCUUUUUUCUCCAUGGUCUCUAUGUAGACCGUCACAUGAAAUUUCUUGCUUGUUUUCGUUUUUUUAACUGGUCUAUCGUUGGACAAGCUGGGAGUGCUGCCUUAAUGAACUCUAAAGUUAUGAUAAGGCUGCUUGCCUGAUUAGCUCGC